GUGAAUGGAAAUUUUAUAAAACUAUAAAAACAAUUUUGAAAAGUUUGCAGAGAAAUAUGCCAGCUUUAGAAGCUGUUAGACCUCACAUCAAUGAUGGAGAAAUUGACAUUGAGAAGGAGCGGAUUCCACCACCAUCAAAGCCAGUCAUUGGCAUCAUUUAUCCUCCUCCUGAAGUGAGAAACAUUGUUGACAAAACUGCUAGUUUUGUUGCUAGAAAUGGACCUGAAUUUGAAAACAGAAUUCGACAAAAUGAAGUUAACAAUCCAAAGUUUAACUUUUUGAAUGAAAAUGAUGCUUAUCAUGCCUAUUAUCAACACAAAGUUAAAGAAUUUAAAGAAGGGAGAGGUCAAGAGCCAGUGGCACCAAAGCCUGGAUUUCAAUCAUUGGCCAGACAGCCACAAGAACAAAGUAUCAGUAAGAUAUCUGAAGUAUUUGUUCCUAAAGAUCCCCCUGCAGAGUUUGAGUUUAUUGUUGACCCACCAUCUAUAUCAGCUUAUGAUCUUGAUGUUGUAAAAUUAACAGCACAGUUUGUGGCUCGAAAUGGUCGUCAGUUUUUAACAACAGUGAUGCAGAGAGAACAGAGAAAUUAUUUAUUUGAUUUUCUUAGACCACAACAUAGUUUGUUUAAUUACUUUACCAAACUUGUAGAACAGUAUACUAAGAUUUUGAUUCCACCAAAGAAUCUUCGUGAGAAGUUAGCUAAAGAUUGUGAAUCAUAUAAAACAUGUUUAGAUCAAGUUAAAUACAGGGUGGAAUGGGCUAAACAUCAAGACAGAGAGAAGAGGAAAGAAGAAGAAGCACAAGAAAAGGAAAGAGUUGCUUAUGCCUCAGUAGAUUGGCAUGAUUUCGUGGUGGUAGAAACAGUUGAUUUUCAACCUAAUGAACAAGGUAAUUUACCACCACCAACAACUCCUGAUGAAGUUGGUGCUAGAAUGUUAGCACAAGAAAGACUUUCCAAAAAGGCUGUAGAUCCUGAUGAGAUGGAUGUAGAAUCUGAUGAUGAAUCAGAACCUGGUAGUCCAACACCAGAGGAACCAGCACCACCUAAACUUCCACCUCCUCCUAAAGAUAACAGACAAUUACAGGAUAUGGAUGAAGAAUCAGAUGAUGAGAUGCAUGCUCAAAGAAGAUCUAAUGCACCUCCUCCCCCUCCCCCACCACCAUCAGAUGUUCCUCCCAUGCCUCCAACACCUGGUAAUGUUAUUAUCAAGAAGAACUAUGAUCCUAAAGCUCGAGCUGUGGUGACUGAACAACCAUCAGAUCAGUUUAUGAUAUCACCUAUUACUGGAGAGAAGGUACCUACAGAUAAGGUUCCUGAACAUAUGAGAAUUGGUUUGUUGAAUCCUAAGUGGAUAGAAGAUAGACAGAGAACAUUAGAAGAAAAGAGAGAACAAGAGGAAGUAUAUGCUGCAGGAUCAUCUAUUGAUAUUAAUUUGAAACAACUGGCUGAAAGACGUACUGAUAUUUUUGGUGUGGGUACAGAAGAAACGCAGAUUGGUAAAAAGAUUGGUGAAGAAGAACAGAAAGAUAGAAAGAUUGUAUGGGAUGGACAUACAGCUAGUAUGGAGAAAGUCUCACAGAAAGCUCGUGAAAAUAUCUCUAUUGAAGAACAGAUUGCUACUAUACAUAAAGUUAAAGGUCUAUUACCUGAUGAAGAGAAAGAAAAGAUUGGACCAGCAAUGCCUAAAAAUGCUCCUCCUCUUCCUAAAUCUAGACCUCCCCCACCAUCUUCACAGCCUCCUCCUUUAAAUCCUCCCCCUCAAUCUCGACCUCCUCUUCCUCCUCAACCACCACUGAUGGCAGCUCAACCUUUGAUGCAGCCUAAUUUGAUGGUACUUCAACAGAGACCUCCUAUGCCUAUUAUAGGUAUUCCAGCACCACCACCACUUGUUAGACAACCAAUGAGUAUUCCAACUCCACAACGAUUCACUAGACCAACAGCUCCUGUACCCAAUCCUAAAAAAGCAUCUGAUGAUGAACCUCCUAACAAGAAGGCUAAGACUGAAGAUAAUUUGAUCCCAGAGGAUGUUUUCUUAAAGAGGAAUAAGGGUCCUGUCAAGAUAUCUGUAUCGGUACCUAAUGUAUCAGAUAAACCAGAAUGGUCUCUUAAUGGACAGAAAUUAGAUUUCACAUUACCACUCACUGAUUCUGUAUCUGUUAUUAAAGCUAAGUUAAAUGAAGCUUUAGGUAUGCCAGCUGGUAAACAGAAAUUACAAUUUGAUGGUAUAUUUAUCAAAGACUCCAACACACUGGCAUUUUAUAAUUUUACUAAUGGUGCUGUGGUUGAUUUACAAGUAAAAGAAAGAGGAGGUAGAAAGAAAUAAAUAGAAGAGAGUCUGUACAGUUGUAUAUAUUAUAAUAUACAUAUUUGUUAUUCAUCAUCAGUUCAACUAUUGAUUAAGGUUUAAUUGUCUAUCAAAUUUACAAACAAAGGUUAUGGUUAGAAUCAGAUAUCCAUGGUUAUAUAUUCAUCAUCAGAAAAGACAGAAAAGAUAAUUUGGUCUUGACGAUGUUACUGUGCAUGUUACAGUGAAUUUGCAUUUUAAUUAGAUAUCAUUAUCAUACAAUGGUGUAACCUAUUUUCGUGGAUAUAAGGAUUCAACACCGAAUUUCGUCAAAGUUAAAAAAAAGGAAUUAUUUUUUUAUGUCUUAGAUGUUUCCUCAGAUAUUCUACAAAAUAAUUAAAAUUGGUUUGUUUCGAUUUUCUUCAUGAAUCCCCCACUUAGACCAAUAUUUCAUGAGCAACCAACUCGACAACGGCGGCAAAAAUGCGACAAUGUUUGAUCUAUAAAUAAGUCGAGAAAACACGUUUUAUGGAUACCCAGUGGUAUAUUUAACUUCUCUUAGUAUUUAUCUUUAAUAUCAAUUCAUUAUAACUAGUGACUGACUACGAACCACGAUUUUAAAAAAAACAGUGACUGACAAACUAAGAUACGUAGUAUGAUUUAUUGCUUAAAGUCAUUGACUUCACGUGACUUCAUUCGUUGGAAUAUAUUCUAGCAGACGACACUUGGAAUUCCGAUUACAGCUAGGGGAAAUUCGGCCGAUAAAAAAUUGUGACGUUUGGUCAUACCAAACGGGUUGGUAAUAACUGAAAUCCGCCAAUUUGUAUUUGUCAAAGUAUACAUUAAUACAUUUUACCUUGCUUGAAACUACUGAUUUCAUUCUACUAGUUGACAUGGUACAGAUAACCCAUGUUUAUUAAAACAAGCAAAUGUGGAGGUCACGUGAGAUCGCACGGAGAUGCACGAAAAAUAGGUUAGCACGAAAUUAGGUUACUUGACUGUAUUGUAUCUAGAGCCAUGCUAUAAUCUAAUCUAAAUAAUCUGUUCAUCAUUGAUCAUCUCAAAACUCAUGUAAGAUUGAUUGAUCCUUAAUUAUAAAGAAUCAGGAAAUCAGAAUUCACAAGUUUUUUUUUUUAUGUCAAAACACCUUUUUGUAAAUCAGGGAUUUUAUAAUAUUCCUUUAUCUUGUGACCGGGAGCCGCGGUGGCUCAGUGAGUUAGACGCUUGCUCGCUAACCUGAAGGUCCAGGGUUCAAUCCCGGCAUAAGUCGAGAUAAUACCUUCGGAUUUUUCAACCCGGUUUCCCCCGGACAUGGAAAAAGCGUCUAGUCGUUCGGAUGGGACAAUAAACCGAGGCCCCGUGUGCUACAGGCUGUGCACGUUAAAGAUCCCUCGACAGUUGGAAACCGAAAAAGAGCAGGCUAAUGCCGCUGUCCUGGCAAAAUUUCCCUCUUCAUUAGUCCACAUGGUGCAGAAAAGUAGGACGUAAAACUCCAUUCAUUUCAUUUCAUUUUUAUCUUGUGACCUGAUGUCCCUUUGUCAGUGAAGCAGAUCAGAGUGACUGACAUGGAAAAAGUGUUUAGUCGUUUGGAUGGAACAGUAAACAGUGUGCUACAAGUUUUGUAUGUUAUAGAUCACUUGAGACAUGGAAUUCAAAAGAGUGUUUGCUAGUGCUCCUGUCCUGGCAAAAUUUCCCUUAUUGCACACAUUUUAUUAGUUUUUAUUGCCCAAUCAUGUGAAAAGUAGGACGUAAAACUCCAUAUAUUUCAUUUUUUCUGCUAUUUCUCAUUGUUUAUUCUUUUUGAACAACAUGCUUCAAAACUGUUUCAUUUCACAUGUCAUACUUGAUUAAGUUCUUAUAAUAAAGUAGAGAUCAAUAUGUGCGUAUAGGAAUUAUUAAACCAGAAAAAACAGCCAUUUUCUUCCAUUAUGGCAUUAUAUAUUAUGGCCUUUUCGCUCUUCAUCCCCUGUGUCCAUUAGCCAAAUCACAUACAGAAAUUUAAGAUUUAAACACCAUUUUAUUUCAUUUCAUAUUUCUUUCUAAAAUAAAUACCUAAAAAUAAGAUGAAUUGGUCGUAUUUUACACUUGAAAGCAUUUCUGAUGUUCAAAAUAUGUUGUUGUUAUGCCAUUCCUUUUUUAAGGCUUAAUGUUUUUUCGAUUGAUAGCAUUUUUGUUUUAGUGCUGCUUGGUUGGUAACUGUCUCUAGUAAACAAUAGAAUAAAUUUCUUCAUCAUGAAUUAUC